GGUCUGCUUUAAAACAACAGGGCGAACAGUUGUCGGUACGUGGGACUUGCCAGGCACAGGGUGUAGUCCGCGUCUUUCAUCUGGGAUAGGGCAACGGAGCCAAGAGUUUGUCCGGAGUUCGGUCGGGUGUUUUUUGUUGCUUUUAAAGUCACUUUUUAAACGACAAAAUACCCAGUUUUGUUUAGUGUUGUAAAGCAAUUUAAAGCCACAGUGAUGUUUGAGACCAGUCAGGAUGACCUGUUUCUGUUCCCCACUGAAGGCCAGAAUGAGGUUUUCUCCCCUGAGGAGGGUUUAGGCAGUGGGAGCUUGUCUCUUGCUGAGGCCUUGCUUCCUCUGGUUGAGUCCCCAUCGCCCCCAAUGACGCCCUGGCUCUGCUCCACCCGCUAUAAGACGGAACUGUGCAGCCGUUAUGCUGAGACUGGUACCUGCAAGUAUGCCGAACGCUGCCAGUUCGCCCACGGCCUCCACGAUCUCCAUGUACCCUCCCGUCAUCCCAAGUACAAAACCGAGCUGUGUCGUACCUACCACGCCGCCGGCUACUGCGUUUAUGGCACACGGUGUCUCUUCGUGCACAACCUUAAAGAGCAGAGGCCCAUCCGUCCCCGUCGCAGGAAUGUGCCUUGCCGUACCUAUCGUGCAUUUGGGGUUUGCCCCUUCGGUACCAGAUGCCACUUCCUGCACGUUGAGAGCGGCUCUGAAUCGGACGGCGGAGAGGAGGAGCGAACCUGGCAACCUCCAUCACAAUCCCAAGCGUGGAUGCCUCGAGGUGCCCUCUGUCGCACCUUCAGCUCAUUUGGUUUUUGUCUCUAUGGCACCCGUUGUCGGUUCCAACAUGGGCUUCCUAACACGAUCAAAGGUCUCAACUUGAACCACACAUCCUGCCCUCAGAUGACCAAUGGGGGAUCUCUUUCACCUGCCUCAGACACGUGCUCUUCACCUUCUCCAUCCCCUCCAUCUGCGCUGGCUUCGCCGGUGUACCCUGACGGCUCUGGUCCAGUCACUCCACCGUCGGUGGAAGCAGUGGCCAACAACGCUUUCACCUUCAGCAGCCAACAUCUGAAUGACCUGCUGCUCCCUCUGGCCCUACGGCUCCAGCAAUUGGAGAACGCUUCCAAUGCUGGUCCUCAAGAUGCUCUGGAUAACCCACUGUUGUGAAGUCUGUGGUAUGAUGAUCCCAGAAGCUAACUGCUAAAAGCUUUCUGUGAUUUGUACUGUGCUGAAUUCAUAUUUAACGUUGUUUUUAUUUAGUAGUCGUGUACAGUGUCCCUUUUGCUACUUGUGUUUUUGUUUUAAACUGCCUUUUUAAGAUUAUUCUCAAAUGUUUGCUUUUAUUUUCUUCAAGUCUGUCUUGUACUUCAGAGGCCACUUAUUUUUGAUGGACUGAAUGAAGCCCCUUAAGUGUAAAUGGAGACUUUAUUUUACUGGUGUGUGUGUACAUAUGAAGGAUUUGACUAUGACUGUUUCUAACUUAAGGAUUUUUAAACUUAAUGAUCUUUUAAAAUUUUUAUUUUGGAAACAUCAGCAUCCUUAGAUCUCAAUAAAACCUCCUAAAAGGA